AUGGCUCAGAAAACUUUCAAAUUAGAUGAAGGUACUUGUCUAGACAGAUAUAUACAAACUGAAAUCCAAGCACCUUUUUCCUUUGUGUCAUCAGCUCAAGAAUUGAUUAACCUCGUUGCAAGAAUUCUACACAGUUCAGAAUUUCCUUAUAGUGUAGCUGAAGUUGUAAAAUCUGGUUCCUUAGGGCAAGGGAUAGCCCUGCAAAAGAACCUCUCAGAUAUCGAUCUUGUGGUUUAUCUCAACAAUUACACAGUAGAGAGUAUAACUCCUGAAAUGACACAGAUUUUAACUAAAAUGCAUAAAACUUUGCUAAAUGCCCAAUUACCUGGCUACAGAUUUAUUUCUAAAGAUGAAUAUCGUCUUGGAAUUGUACUUGAAACACAAGGUCAAUCCUUUGAAGUUGAUUUAUUGCCAGGAGUCCCAAUUUCAGGUUCGCUUCAAUCCAUUUACACAGAGAUGAUUAGUUUAAGAGGCUUGGUUCGUGAGCAUUAUUCAGUUAUAUUUGUCAAGCUGCAAAUACUUUUUAUCAAGCAACGAAUGACUAAGCUGAAGAAUCUAUUGCAACUUAUGAAAUAUUGGACUAAAGUCGAUGCAAAAUCUUUUGGUUGCAAAAAGUUUCCAUCCUAUGCAAUGAGUUUGAUUGUCAUCCAUACUUGGGAAGAGCAUGGUAAACCACAGAAUUUUAAAAUGGAAAAGGCAUUUAAAGCAGUUCUUACAACUUUGUCCAAUUAUAAGCAGCUCCAUAAAGUCUGGUUUGAUUAUUAUGAUCAUUGCACCUGGCAGCGCUUUGGUGGGUGUCCAAGACGACAAACCAUAAAAUAUUUUUCUCAUCUUUUAAUAAUCCCUGUUGGUCUCUCCACUAACUUUGUAUCUCCACCUUCACCUCAUCCCCUCCCUUCACUCCUCUUUCUUACUUUUCUCCCCCUUCACCCCUCUUUCCUUUUCUACUCUCCAUUCACAUCCUCUUUCCUCCUCUUCACUUCCUCUUUCCUCUUCUCCCUUCACCUUCUCUUUCCUUCUUUCUCUCCCUUCACCUCUUCUUUCCUCCUCUUCUCUCCCUUCACCUCCUCUUUCCUCCUCUUCUCUCCCUUCACCUCCUCGUUCCUCCUCUUCUCUCUCUUCACUUCGUCUUUCCUCCUCUUCUCUCCUUCACCCCCUUUUUCCUCCUCUUCUCUCCCUUCACGUCCUCUUUCAUCCUCUUCUCUCCCUUCACCUCUUCUUUCCUUCUCUUCUCCCCUUUCACCUCGUCUCUCCUCCUCUCUCUCCAUUCACCUCCUCUUUCCUCCUCUUCUUUCACUUCUGCCCUUCUUUCUUUGUCUCUCUUUCUCUCUCUUCGAAUAUUUCUUACUUGAAUUCAUAAAUGCAUCCGGCUUCUUUGCUCGCAUUUUGAUAAACACUUAA